GCCGCCAUCUUGCUCUGCGGUGCUGGUAUUUAGAGCGCAGCGGCUGACUGGCGGGGUCGCCUUCGCAUCAGCCGCCUCGGGGAUUUUCGCUCGCUUGCCCGCUCGCUCUCUCGCCGUCCUACCCCCGCCGCCGGCUGAGCUUGCCCUAUUCCCGCCUGCAGACAUGGCUGACAUCAAGAACAGCCCCGAAUAUGCUGCGUUUUUCGCUGUCGUAGGCGCUUCGUCCGCCAUGAUCUUCAGCGCCAUGGGAGCUGCCUAUGGCACAGCCAAGAGUGGCACGGGCAUCGCUGCUAUGUCGGUCAUGAGGCCAGAGCUGAUCAUGAAGUCCAUCAUCCCAGUGGUGAUGGCUGGGAUCAUCGCCAUCUAUGGCCUGGUGGUGGCAGUACUCAUCGCUAACUCCCUGACUGAUGGCAUCACCCUCUACAGGAGUUUUCUUCAGCUGGGUGCUGGCCUGAGUGUGGGGCUGAGUGGCCUGGCUGCUGGCUUUGCCAUUGGCAUCGUCGGGGAUGCUGGUGUUCGGGGCACUGCCCAGCAGCCACGACUGUUCGUGGGCAUGAUCCUGAUCCUCAUCUUCGCGGAGGUGCUUGGCCUCUACGGUCUCAUCGUAGCCCUAAUUCUCUCCACAAAGUAGACCUUUUCCACCAUCAAUUCACAGGAUAGGAUGUAAAGGCCACCCCUCCUCAUUCCAGAACGAACAGCCUGACACACAUGCACGGGCAGCUGUCCCCUCAGUAGUUGGUCUUGUAAAUGCGCAGUGUCCUAGUGCCCAUUGUCUGUUGCCCCCGCCUGGCCCCUGCUGCCCCGUGCUGUGGACAUCUGGGCCCACUCAUCUCCCAUCCAGGCCCCUGACCACUGAGGAUGUCAGCCUCUGGCUACCCCACCCAUCGCCCUAGAGUGCUCUGUGUAUAAGGAUGAAUUAGAGUUGUCAUUUUUCUCUUCACUGGAUGUUUAUUUAUAAAAGAUUUGAGCUAUU